AUGGCUAGACAGGGCGACGUCAAGCCGAAGGCCAGCGGCCGCGCCUCUAUCCCCACACCCGCCGUAAGGUUUCCCAUCGACGACGACAAGGCUCGUCAGCUCACCCGUAGCAAGAAAGGAGCACCAGCAGGUGCUAAGAGCAAACCGUCUCGAGGCUUUCUUGGCUGGCUCAUCGCCUUUGCCAGUCGCGUCACCAUUUUCUACCUCAUCUACGCCGCUCUCUGGACCUGCCCCUCGCAUUCCUUCGCGUUCGAUUACUCGGCCAAAGAUGCUCGUCCCGUGUGCCGAAAUCUGGCCCAGGCCCACGAACAGCUCGCUCCCAUCCUCAAGCCCUACUUCCAUCUCGCACAAAAGAAGGCGGAGCCAUACACUCGUCCCGUCAUCACCGCCGCAACGCCUUGGGUCAGGAGAGCCCAAAAGGUGUCUCGCCCCGUCUACCGAGAGGCCAACAAGCGUGGGCGUCUCCUGUGGAAGAAGCGCAUCGAUCCUGCUCGUCGCCGGGCCCUGAAGCGCGCUCGAAAGCAGCUCGACCCUUACCUCAAACAGGCUCACCACUACCACAAGCACAACGUGCAGCCCCACAUCGACACCGUCCACAAGGCAGUCAAGCCGUAUCACGCCAUCUACCAACGCGACGUUUCGCCUUACGUAGACCAGGCGUACCAGUACAGCCUUCACUCUUCCUCGGUCUCGUACGCCUUUUACAUGGAUAAGGUGCAUCCGCGCAUCGUUCAGAGCUUCAAGCACGUAUACAGCUUCCUCGUCAACCAUGUCGACCCCGCCGUUCGCAGAUUCUACAGCGUCUAUGUUCGACCUCAGCUGGACCGCCUGCUUGCCAAAGUAUACGAGCGCAAGGCCCACUGGCUUGGAUCCGAUGCGAUCAAGACGGCACAGCAAGAGAUGAAGCAGACCGCCAAACAUGCCGACAUGCACGCCGAGCAGGCAGUCAAGAAGGCUGAACAAGACGCAAUCAAGGCUCAAACCGACCCCUCCUUGCUCGACCGCAUCAAGCAUGCCAAGGAUGCCGUGGUCGACUCGGCUACUGGCGCAGAAACCGACCCGUUCAAGGCAGCCCAGCUCGACGCCGAACUCGAUGCCGAAGAGGAGAAAGUGAAGGAUCUGCUCGAGGUGUGGGAAAACGGCAUGACCGACCUCAUCGAGAAGGAGUACAAGCUCGCAGUCGACCGCCUCGCCGACCUCCGCAACCAGCGUCUCGCCGACCUCCCUGAUCGCUUUGGUCUCGUCAACGAGGCCUUUGUCGAGGACACCGUCGCCCUCAUCCUCAACCGCGUCGAACGUGGCCUGCGUAAGAUCUCGAACCGCUCCGACGCCGACGCCAAGAAGAAGCUUGCUGCUGGCGACGAGCUCGUCGACCAGCAGAUCGCCAGGUUUGACGAGGCUGCGCUCGACACGAAGGUGCAGAUCUCCAACUUCUACGAAAAACUGCUGCAGGACGAAAGGCAGGCCAUCGAGACGAGUAGUGCCGAGGUGCGACGCUACGCUGCAGCUGCUAAAGAGGCCUAUGACGAGAUUAUGCGCGACGCAAAGUUUGCCGUCACCAUGGACGAAUGGCAAGGUUGGGACAUUGGCGUUCGCAAGCGUGCCUCGCUCUUUGCCGAAGAGCUGGACGCGGUCCAGAGCAACAAGAAGCCGGUCAGCAAGUCUUCCGGCGCCCUCGACCUGACCAAGGACGCACCGGACGUGCAAAAGCAGAUCAACUCGCUUCGUGCCUGGGCCGACAAGCUGCACAGCUCGGCGAGGAAGGAGUUAAUUGCCUACUGUGACACUGCGCUCGCCCAGCUCGCCGGCCAGGGCGUCGCUGCCAAGGUCUCGGAGGUCACCGACCGACUCGCCGAGCAAGCCAGCCGCAUCAGCACCGAUGCUGCCGCCGGCAUGCUCAGCGCCGUAGGCCUGGCUCGCACCAAGCUGAGGCUGGGUGAGUCUGCCAGCGACGGCUACCUUGCGCGUGCCAAGGCGUAUGUCGCUUCCGGCUCCGGAUCAGGUUCUGCGUUUGACGACUACAUCAACAGUCUCAACGCCAAGGCUGCUGCUGUCGGAGACACUGUGGCCUCUGCUGCGGCUCAGGCAAGGAGCAGCGUCGUCUCGGCUGUCGGAGCUGCUUCUUCGACGCCCGCUACCGCCGCCAAGGCUUCUGCUGCCGUUGCCGAUGCGAUUGGCGGAGUCGCUGCCAACGUGAGAGACGCCGCCUCUUCGGCCUCUUCCGCCGCGAGCAAAGUGAGCCGCAGUGCUGCCUCUGCUGUCGGUGCUUCGCCGACGCCUGAGACUGUCGGCGACUAUGUCGAUGAUGGCAAGGAUAAGGCGAGUGCUGCUGCAGGCUGGAUCAGUGGGGCAGCGCAGGCGGGUGCUUCCUCUGCAUCAUCAGCUGUCUCGGUCGCUUCGCAGUCCGCCAGUGUCGCUGCUGGGAAUGUGGGUGAAGCGGUUCGAUUUGGCGCUUCUUCUGCGUCGUCAUUAGCAUCCGUUGCUUCGAGCUCAGCUGCCGAAGCAGUUCGAACCGGAGCCUCGUCCGCCUCUUCCGCUGCAUCGGUUGCCUCCCGUUCGGCAAGCUCUGCCAUCAGCGAUGCUAGCAAGGCGGCUAAGCCCAGCGUAUCGUCGAUCUCGUCAGCUGCAUCUUCCGUUGCCUCGGCUGCUUCGCGCUCCGCCAGCUCUGCUCUCAGUGAUGCAAGCAAAGCAGCUCAGUCUGGCGCCUCUUCGGCAUCGUCUGCAGCAUCGUCCGUUUCAUCCGUGGCCUCCCGCUCGGGUAGCUCUGCUUUCAGCGAGGCAAGCAAGGCAGCCCAGUCCGUGGCAGCCACCGCGUCGUCGGCUGCGCAGUCUGGCGCGUCGUCGGCAUCCUCACUCGCCUCCCGGGCGUCGCGAUCCGUCGCAUCGGCUGUCUCGUCUGUAUCACCUUCCUCACUCGCCUCCUCGGCUGCCUCGGCCGCCUCGUCUGCAGCGGCCGAAUCGCUCUCGUCUGGGAGCUCGGUGCUCAGCAAAGCUAGUCGGUCGGUGGCGUCGGCGGUGGGCGCCUCACCCACGCCUGAGACGCUCGAGGACUACCUGGAAGAUGCUAAGGAGGCGGUCAAGUCGGUCGCUGCCAAGGCUCAUAUUGAGCUUUGA